AUGGACUCGCUUCACCUGUGUCUGGAGGACCAUGAGUGGUCCGGCAUCAUUCCGGCUCUCAUGGACGCCCUAGCCUUCUACUCCCGAACCUCCCUCGUAGGUUCGGCUGCGUUCACAGUGCCGAACCUAGCCGGUGCAGGAGCACAAGCAGUUUCCAGCUCGGGAAAACCCCAAGAGGUUUGGCAAGAGGGGCGGGAUCCGUACCCGUACCUAUCCCUAGCCUGCCACUUAGCUAAGCGACAGGAGGUACUAAGCGCAUGGUGGGCUGCAGACAGAUUCUCCUCGAAUCUAGAGGCAUUUCUGACACGCAGAGUAGCUACGAAGGUGGAUCUGCAGAGGCUGUUUCCCUCGCUGUGGUGGGGUGGCUCCAAGGAGGACGACUGUAGCAAAGCAGGCUUGGAAGAAAGCAAGAAGGCGCUUGUGAAGGCAACGUCUAGGGUGGAGCUCUGCCAAGUGUCGCUCUGCCGCUCUCUCCUCUUCUUUGUACCCUGUAAGAGCAUGACCGGGGCUUCGUCGACUUAUUCGCUUGCGACUGGUGGCGUGCUUGCACCGUUUUUGAGGAGCCUGAUCCGCAAGAACCGGGCGGCAAACAGGAAUAUUAGGCCGCCCGGGCUCUCGGAUAGUAGCGUGCUGGUGACGGCGUUUUUUGUCCUCUUCCGGCUGUUGUGGGCGGGGCUAGUGGGCCGUGGAGGCGGGAAACUGCAGAAGACAAAGAGAGCUGGGGUUUUAAGAGGGUCACAUGUCUUAGUAGAAUCAGGGAGUGGAAGAGAGGGAGAAGCAGAGGGAAUGGAGGUUGAUUUUGAAAGAGGAACGUCAGGGAGGGAGGGUAGGCGGGUGGGGAAGGUAGAGAGGGAGGGAUGGGAAGUGGAGGAAGAGGAGGAGGAAGAGGAGGAGGAGGAGGAGGGGGAAGAGGAAGAGGAGGAAGAGAGCGAGGAAGGCAUGGUGCAGGCAGUGGCGCAGCUGGAAGAUGCGGACAGGAAGAUCGCUGCUGCCAUGGGGGGGCGCACGGAGGGAGUUGCAACAGGGGGCGCUGCAGGGGGGUUGGGGACAGGUGGAGAGGCAGGCACAGGGGCGGCGAUAGGGGCGGCGACAGGGGCGGCAAUAGGGGCGGCGACAGGGGCAGGCCAAGGGGCAGGGGCAGCGGCAGGGGCAGCGGCAGGGGAGGAAGAGGGGGCUGAUGUGGGCGCUGCAGGAGCGGCAGCAGGGGCGGGUGUACCUGCAGUGGCAGCAACAGGGGGAACUGCGGGAGCCUCUGGGGGAGGUACAGCUGCCAAGGGAGGUGCAUCUGGGGGAGGUGCAUCUAGGGGAGUGCGGGCGCAGCAGUUGAGGGAGGCGAAGCAGGUGUUCCGAGAGGACGUGGAUGAGAGUGUGAGGCUUGCAGUGUGGUGGAGAGCGGUGCUGGGCGGUGCGGCGUGGAAGCAGAGGGCGCUGGUGGGGGUGAGCAGGAGGGUGAGCUUGCUGCUGCUGGCUGUGAGCAAGCGGGGCCACAUCUUUGCCUAUGUGCCCGAGGUCUACCUGGACGCCAUGUGCAACUUCUGCCUCCACCUUCCUCACCUCUCCCUCCACUUCCUCUCCCCCCACCCCUUCCCUUCCAUCUCUCGCACCUUUCCCACUCGCACCACUCCCACUCGCACCUCUCCUGCACCCAUUCCCCCCAUCAUUCCCCCCAUCAUUCCCCCCAUCAUUCCCCUCAUCUCUCCUCCAAUCUCUCCCCCCUGUUGUCUCUCCAGAUUGAGGCCUUCCAUGCCUUCAGGCGCUGCGACCUGCCUCUCUUCCGCCUCCGCCACUCCGUGCACCACCUUGCGCCCUUUGUAA